GAUCCGUUAGUGGUGGAACUUUCAAGCCCUGGACCAUUGACUUCAGCCUUGUUCCUGUUUCUUCACAGCAUGAAGGAGGCGGAAAAAGGACCCCUUUCUCCUAAAGUUCUUUUCAAUCAACUUUGCCAGAAAGGAUACAAGCAAGCAUUCUAAAAGCAUUUAACAACCCAACUACUAAGACUGCUGAUGAUGAAACUAGAAAAAAAGUCAAAGCCUAUGGAAAAGAAGGCGUGAAGAUGAACUUCAUAGAUCGGAUCUUUAUUGGUGAAUUAACGAGCACAGUCAUGUGUGAAGAAUGUGCAAAUGUCUCCACCAUGAAGGACCCCUUCAUUGAUAUUUCCCUUCCUAUCAUAGAGGAAAGGGUUUCAAAACCUGUACUUUUGGGAAAAAUGAAUAAAUGCAGAAGUUUACAGGAGACAGACCGAGAUCAUAACAACGGCACCGUUACUGUAGAAAAUACCCAUCACCCCAGAGCUGCCAAGAAGCAUUUCUCACCUAAAGAGAAGAAUCCACUGAAUCAUGACAGAAAACCUUUAAGAGAAUUGCCAUCUGGAGAAGAGAGAACUGUUGUAAAGCAUCAGAAGGAUGAAAACUUUGAAGGGAGCCGGUUUGCCAGCAUCCUGAGUACCGAGUCGUCACUGAACGAGAGCCCCACCGAUGGCAGUGAGAAAGAAGCCGGCCUUUCCGAAAGCAGUGUCGACGCCGACAGCGAAGCCUCUGAAUCCGAGAGCACAUCCCAGCAAACCGUACUGUUCCUACCACCAAGUGGCGAUCCCUGCGGGCUUCCAGAUCAGCACCCGCACCUCUCAUUGGCAAGUGAAUUGCCACACACCACGGAGACUCACAGUGUUGACGAGGAAAUGGCUGAAGCGGUUGCUGAACUUCAUUUGGGCAGCCCUGUGAUUGGAAAUAGAGAUUCUGACAGGGAAAAACAUCCACUAAAUGUCCCCAAUAAUUUGUGUUUUUCAGAGGGAAAACAUAUGAGGUUUCAUAGCGCCCAAAAUGCUUUUCAAACCCUUUCUCAGAGCUAUGUAACGACUUCUAAAGAGUGCUCCGUGCAGUCCUGUCUCUACCAGUUCACGUCCAUGGAGCUGCUCAUGGGCAACAAUAAGCUGCUGUGUGAGGGCUGCACCGAGAAGCGGCAGCAGGGCCAGAAGGACGCCAGCUCUGCAGAAAAGAAAGCAGGAGGAGUUUAUACUAAUGCCAGGAAGCAACUACUUAUAUCAGCUGUACCAGCUAUCCUAAUUCUUCAUCUUAAAAGAUUCCACCAGGCUGGCUUGAGUCUUCGUAAAGUGAACAGACACGUAGAUUUUCCACUCACCCUUGACUUAGCACCGUUCUGUGCUGCAGCCUGUAAGAAUAUAAGUGUGGGAGAGAAAGUUCUCUAUGGUCUCUACGGUAUAGUGGAACACAGCGGCUCAAUGAGAGGAGGCCAUUACACUGCUUACGUGAAAGUGAGAGUGCCCUCUAGGAAGUUAUCUGAAUAUAUGACUGGAAGGAAAACUGUACCAGGUUUGAAAGAACCUGAUAGUGAAUUGGGAGGCCAUUGGGUCCAUGUCAGCGACACUUACGUGCAGGUGGUUCCAGAGUCAAGAGCACUCAGUGCACAAGCUUAUCUUCUUUUUUAUGAAAGAAUAUUAUAAUCAUCUGUCAACUGUUAUUUACCUCAUUUUUAUUUUAGUGCUGCAGUGGUAACCGUAUGUGUAAUGUGCCUAUGUGCUCUUAGGAAUAGUGCAUCCUUCCAAUGUUACUGAACUUUUCCAUCACGUGAUGAAUCCUUUGAAAACAAAUUAAUGUGCCAGGCGGUGGUGGCCCACGCCUUUGAUCCCAGCAGAGGCAGGCUGAUCUCCAUGAGUUUGAGGCCAGCCUGGUCUACAGAGUGACUUCCAGAAUAGGCAGGACUACACAGAGAAACCCUGUCUCAAAAAAUUAGACAAAACAGAUCAGUUAAUGCUUUCAAAUUGCUAUUCUUAAAUGAUAAAAUAUAUUUCAUGUUAAUUUUCAUGUCCUUGGAGAUCCCUUUCUCAAAAAACAAAUCUCUUUUGAUAGUAGUAGAAAAGUCCCCGUUAUGCUGCGACUCGCCAUCAGACAUUCAGAGAGGGUGGUAAACAGACUCAUCCUCUGAUGUGCUGUUUCCUAAAUGUAACACAGCCUUCCUGCGUGUAUGUACUGCAUCUGCUGUUACAGUUCACUUUCUGUUUUAGCCUUUUAAAAUCUUGCCCGUUUUGAAUCACACUUCACAUUUUUAUGUGCUUGUCGUUUUCUAGUAAAAUAUUGAAGUCAGUCUAUAACUCUGACAGGAAAACUGUUCAUCCUUGUACCCACUCCACUGGAAUCAUCUCAGGGCUUUGCAGCGGUGUCUGUGUGUUACUAUACAGGAAAUGUUGCUAUAACAGUCGGAAUUAGUGCCUAAUGCAACAUGAUCACUUUUUCAUAGUUUAUCAGAUUCGCUCAUGUAAAAAGGAGCCACUGGAAUUUUGGUAGUGUGAGUUUACAAGUAAUGUAUCGAUUAGCUUAUUGCUUAGAAAAUUUGAAAAUAUUAAAGCAUUUCAUAAUCAUUUGUGGUCUGUUAAAGAUAAUUUGUAAGUGACUAGCUAAGGCCAAAAUGAAAUUAUAGGUAACUGUAGCACAUAGAACUGGUAAAUAGAAGUUGAUAAUUUAUAUAGGACAUAGGAUACUUUAAGGAAUUAUCUUUGAUUAUAAAUUAACAAAUUAUAUUUAUAAAUGGUAGAAAAUCAUAUUCUUAUCAUUAGCAAAAGAAUAUAAUACGUUUUCUACUUCUAUACUUCAGUAAAUAUUAAACAGGGUGUUGUCUUCAUCAGCAUCGUUUAAAGUGAAGGUGGAUAGCUGGGAUGUAGUUCUGUGACUGAGCACUGACCUGGCCUGUGCAAGGCGCUGGUUCAAUCCCUGGGAACACAAAGAUUCAGGUGGGCUUGGCUUUUAUUUAAUGGGGCACAGAGUUGCUACUUCUGUUUCCUUUAAAUGAUUAAGGAAUAACACAGGAUAGUUCCCCUUCUAGAACUCAAAUGAUUAAACUGUGAACACUUGGCAUGAGAAUUAUUACUACCCAAAAUUUAAUAAUCACUGAGGUGGUUACUGACACAUGGUAUUGAACCAAAAUGUAAGGGAAAGGUUCGAUAUCCUAACCGUCGGUGCCAGCGGGUAAUGCCGUGGACAAAUGUCAGGAGAAACCUUUCACCAGGAUCGAGCCUUUCUGACGGGCGCAGCAUUAUAAAGUCCCCAGUCUUGAUAUGUGGGUGGGUGGAACCGAUUUGUCUAAUGCAGAAAUUUUAAAAAUACCAUUGUAUAAAUAAAUUCUAUUUUUAAGUUGUGGAGGAAAUUCCAAUGGUAAUUCUAUUGACUUUUCAUAUUAAAGAUGGACAAAUAUAUUUUAUCUGCAGAGCUCAGUUGUGUCCUCUAAAGAGAGCUUUUCAGUAUUUUUUGUUUCAUAAAAAUCCAUUGACAUGGAGUAGACAGGCACCAGAACAAGGAGUUAGAAAAAUAUUUUAUUUGUUCAAGUUGGCAUCUUGGUCAUAGCAAUUGUUGUCCCCCAUCCCAUGUAAAUAGUUACUUUUUUUUCUCCUAGAAAAGAUCCUAUUAAGAAAUAUACCGCAGGGAGGGGAGAGAUAUACUGUGGUGGCAAUAUAAUAGAUGAGAGAAAAAAUUUAAAAAAUAGCAGUGGUGAUGUACACCUUUAAUUCCGGCACUUGGGAGGCACAGUGAACUCAGUCUCUGAGUUCAAGGUCAUCAUGAUCUACAGAGUGAGUUUCAGGACAAGAGAAACCCUGUCUUAAAGGGGGGGGGGGGACAAGAGGGAGGGAGGGGAGAGAUCUAGACAGAUACUCAUACCAAGCAUAUAACAGUAUUUUAUCACCUUUUAAAAUGGGAGAACCUAAAUCUGUAUGAUUUAUACAUUAUUCUAGCAGUGACAGGCAAAUAAAAUAGUUUUAUUGUUAACCUAGUGCUAAUUGAGGAGAUGCUGAAGUGUAUUUUUUUACGAUCUAAAGUUAGAUUGUUUUUCUUGCCAUCUAAAAAUGAAAGUGAGUGGUUUGAUUUUGAUACCUAGAAAUUUCUUAUCAAGCUUUUGUAAUAGAGAAAGGUUACUCAAGGUCACUUGAAUUUGUGUUUUUAUUUUGAUGUUUCCAUAGCACAUUUGUAGGGAUUUUAAAUUGUGAGGCUACUGUAAUAACAACAGUUUCCAGAUUACCUCAGGAAACAGUGCAAAUAAACAGGAAUGUUUACAGGGCAACUCAGCUACUUAGGGUUUUGGCACAGUGAAUUUGAGAAAUAAAGGAAAGAUGUUUUUAAUAUAGAAACUGGUUUACAGGGUAUCUUAGCCCCAAUUCUCCCCUUGUUUUUCCAUACUUAAAAUGGUAAAAUUUUGAUGAUGUGCCAAUUAUGUGAUUGUAACAUAAAUAAAUAUACAUCUAUAUUUAAGAUACAUUGUUUAAUGUUUCAAAAAAUUAUAUGAUGAUCACCUAUUUAAGUGGUCAAGGAAGUGAUUGUUAUUAUCAGCUCAGAGUAAUAUAUCAACAGCUAAAUUACUGUAUUUAAAAACAUUUAGCUUGCAUGUGUGACUAAUUAGUGAUUUUAUGUAAUAGUUGAAUAAAAUUUCCUGACGAUUUAGAUGUGAAAUGUCACCACACAUUGAAUUUUUGUAGCACAAAAUAACACCCUGCCUAUGUUCAUGAAGUUAUACUCAGCUUAUUUUUCUGCAUGACAUCUGAUCAAAUAAACCUAAACCCAUAGGUGCAAUAAAAUCAAGCUAUUAGAUAGCAUUUAUUGCAUUAUUGGAAAAGUGGUUUCUGUAUUAAAACGUUUUUGUUCAUGUAGAAAUCAUCAAUUCAAAUGUGUUCCAAAGAUAGAUGAUUAUUUUCAAGUAUCAAUACUAAACUCAUGGUAGCAUUCCUACUCUCAUGUAUUUUUACAGUAUUCAAAAAAUCUACAGAACUUAGCAUCAUUUUGGCAUUACUGUAUGUAUAAACAUAAUAAAUAUUAAAUUCUUAUGUUAAUAA